AUGUUUCACUCUUUAGAUGCUGAGAUUCGAGUGUAUUUACAAGAGAAUUCGAACCGAAAGAUACCGUUUGUUACACCCGCUGCAUCGAAGACAUUGAAAAUGAUAGACACGCUCAUUGGCGUGUGGCCACAAUGGAUCGCUUGUAUGACAGUCACCCUGUUGUCCAUCACUUUUGGAAUGGUGAUUGGCUGGACGUCUCCUUACUUAGCCCAAUUGACUAGCGAAGAAGGAUUAUUCUUCGUGACAGAGGAGGAGGCAUCGUGGGUCGCCUCUUUGAUGCCAUUCGGACGGAUGAUUGGUUCCAUCGUGGGUGCAAUUAUUAUGGAAUAUCACGGCAGUAAAAUGGCUCUUUUUUCAGCGGGGCUGCCAAACAUCGUAGGCUGGAUUUGCAUAAUAUUCGCCAAUUCGGCUGGAUGGCUUUACGUGUCUAGAAUCUUUGCAGGUAUUUCCAUCGGGAUCUUCUUCUGCUGUUUUCCCCUGUACAUCGGGGAAAUAGCAGCGGCGAAGAUACGCGGAGCGUUGGUCAGCGUUAUAAUGAACGGGAUGCCGAUUGGAACGCUGUUGGGCAACGUAAUGGGCACUCAAAUGUCGAUAAUGUGGUUCGGAAUAAUCAGUUUAAUUUUGAAUAUGUGUUAUGUCAUGAUUUUCCCGGCACUCCCUCACACGCCCUACUAUUACGUGCAUCGCGACAAUAUAGAGGAGGCAAAAAAAACGAUUCAGUGGUAUCAUAGAAGAUCGAUCAUUGGAGUGGAACUCGAAGUGAUCGGUAGUUACGUCCGAGGCGCCAACGCCAUGAACUUGCGCGAGAAACUCGAGCAAAUGCGUGAGAAAAAGAACAAACGGGUGUUCGGGAUAGUGCUGCUAUUGUUCAUCAUCAUGCAACUCAGCGGAUAUACCACUGUCAUAUUUUACAUGGAGAUUAUAACGACCAAAGCGAAAGUGACGUUGAUAGCACCGCAGAAUGUCGUGAUUAUCGCCGGUGCACUAGGCAUAAUAUUCGGUUGGAUCAGCGUGAUUCUGAUCGAUCGGUCCGGCAGAAGAAUCCUCGUAGCAAUGUCCUGCUGCGGCGUAAUCACCGCGAUGGUGCUUUUGAUAUUACAUUUUACGCUGGUGGAUCUGGAGCACGAUCCAAAAAGUAGCGAGUGGACGACAAUACUCGCUAUGAUGUUUUUCAUGACGUUGGCCCUUGGUUUGGUACCUGUUCCGAACACGUUGCUCAGCGAACUUUUCCCCCCCGAUCUAAGGAGCAUCGCCGGUUUUAUCGCCAGCUUCACGUCCGCUUUAUUUGCAUUCAUCUCUAGCAUAACUUUUUAUCCGAUGGUCACAGCGUUUACCGAGAAAUCUGUGUUCAUUUGUUACGCAUUGGUGAUGAUUGGCGGUCUGGCCUUUUCGCUCACCUGCGUACCGGAGACCAAAGGAAAAACCUUACAGGAAAUACAGGAAAUGAUGGACAAUCGGUAUCGACAAGGGCAAGAGACGGAAACAGCCUAUCAGUCGUUUCACACCAUCAGUGGGGUCAACAUGACCGCGGAAGGAGGUGAGAAGUUGACCCGCAGGGUAACGUGGCCACAAUGGAUCGCUGGUAUCGAAGUUUUGCUGUUAGUCACUCAAGUCGGAUCAAUAGGAGCCUGGUCAUCUCCGUACAUCGGCCAGUUAACUUCCACCGAAUCCGAACCCGUGCUCACAAUGACAGAAGUAUCUUGGGUGGUGUCGUUGAUGAACGUAGGAAGGCUGUUCGGGGCAAUCUUCGGUGCAUUGUGCGCCAACUAUCUCGGCAGUAAAACGACAGUUCUGAUCACCAGUAUACCGGUGGCUUUCUGUUGGCUCUUCAUGAUCCUGGCUGACAGCGUCGAGUGGUUGUACGCCGCCAGAAUUUCCGGCGGCGCCAGCUUAGGGAUGAUCUAUAGCUGUUUUUCUCUGUAUCUGGCAGAAAUAGCGGAUCCAAAAAUUCGAGGCGCUUUGGUUACCGUUGGUAUGACCGGUUUACCAUUUGGCAACUUGAUUAUCUGCAUAAUGGGAGCUUAUCUACCUCUCAAGACGUCAGCAGCGAUCGCCCUCGGUCCCUGUGUCGUCUUGAUGGUAUUCCUAUUUCUGCUACCAGAAUCACCGCAUCAUUUGAUCAAGAAGCACAUGGACGAGAAGGCAAAGGCGUCGAUACGCUGGUAUCAUCGCGACUGUGACGUCGAAUCGGAAUUUAACAAUUUACAAAAGUUUCUGCAUCUCCGUGACCAAUCGUUACUGGAUACUCUGAAAGAGCUCAAGGCACCGCAUUUCAGGAAGUCGAUCCUCAUAGUCAGUGUACUGUUCAUAUACAGUCAGCUGUCUGGAAUCAACAAUGUCCUGUUGUACAUGGAAUCAAUCUUAACAUCGGCUAAAGUUAGCGUGUUAGGACCCGCGCAAGUGGUAAUAAUAGUGAUGUGUUUUGGAAACAUUGGAUCAUUUCUCUCCUCCUUUCUGAUAGAUCGAUUCGGCAGGAGAGUGUUGCUAAUCGUGUCGUGCGUCGGUGUAGCGAUAUCCAUGUGCAUGUUGUCGCUCGAGUUUCAACUGUUGAACUUUGGUUUCCAGCCAGAAACAGUGGAAGGUGUGUCGAUAUCCGCCAUGCUUUUCUUUUACAUUAGCGCGUUCGGAGGCAUCAUUCCUGUACCAGCGACGAUUCUCAGCGAAAUCUUUCCGUCACACUUGAAAUGUUACGCCGCGUGCAUCACCAGUUGCACGAGCGCGAUAUUUGGCUUCAUUUCCACCAGUACUUAUCUACCUUUGCUUCAUCUAAUGACCGAAAGAUAUGUGUUUUUCUUCUACGGUUUCUGCUUGCUAACAGCUAUACCGUUCACUUUGUUCUGUGUACCGGAGACUAAAGGAUUGACUUUGCAAGAGAUUCAAAGUCAAUUGACAGAUAAGAAAUAGAUCUGUCGUAAACAUUUGCACGUUACUAUCACACGCAUCGUGUGAUCCUGAAUACUUGUUUCUACUAUGAUACUUUUGAUGCUUUAAUGCGACGAAGUAUUUUCAAAAACAGUUUCCUGGAUCGAGUGCGAGUGAUAAAGUACAUUCUUAAAAAUUCGAUUAACGUGUUUAUUUGUUCAGUUUUCUUUUUUUUUUUUUUGUAUCAAUAAACGUGGAAGUUUGAAGAAAACGGAGGAAAAACUGUAAUCCGACGAAACUUGCUCUCCGAGGAUCGUCCAAGUUUGAUGGAUAUUUCAUUGGAAAGCAGAUUUCGAGGAAUUUCCAAACAAAGGUUCGGAUAAUAGAAGAAACGGUCGUGAUGCCUGAUGUUCUUUUGCUUUCCGUUCUUCCCUUAACCGAGAAACGAUGUAGCUAUUUCUCUUCGGAGCGGACACGCGCCCUCGUAACGUCGACGAUGGAACUCGGCCAGUUUCAUAUUUUACAAGACGAUGCUUCAACCACGCUGGCUGGCUGACUGUGCCAACGUGCCAACCACGUUAAAGUUGCCACGCUCCCAUGACGGCACCGUUGAAAAUUCCACGCCACCUUAUCUCGCUCGGGUCACUGCACGAUCAUUUGACCAUUGAUGACGUUAUAAACGUCGUAGCGUCAAUAAAAAUUUACGAUUCAUUCUUCUUUUCUGUCCGACUACGCGCUAACCUCACGAUAUCGAUCCACUAGAGCGGAUUUUGCACGAGUUCCCAAAAUUACGGGUACCCCCGAUCGACGAGUGAUCGAUCGAAUCUAAUGGUGAAAAAAAUUUUAAUCGCUCAAAAUGAAUAAUUGUUGACGUUUUAUGCGAUACAGUACCUACGAUUACUAUUUACAGUAACGUUGAUCAAAUAACUCUGAUACAUCAUUCGAAUCCAAUUAACUCGACACAGGAAUCUCAAUCUAAGCGAAAUUUAUUGAGUAUCAUUAAAAUUAUAUCAUCUUUGAUUAAAAUCACGUUUCAAGUACCUAUUGUUGUUUGAAUGAGCUUAUCGUCUUGUCUUUUGAAGGAGUUAAGCAGUUAUUUUGUUUUGUGUCUUGAUAAAUAGAUAUAAAUAUAGAUUUAUUAAACAUCGUCGAUAAUGAUAGAGUUUCUGAUGGAGUGGAUAGUUACUGAUAUAUUCUACCAAAAAUGCGAUAGAUGUCCUAAAAUAAUUGUAGCAUAUAAGUGUUUAUGAUGUUUAACCCAGUAUUUCUGCGCUUGUGUAUUUAUUAUUUGAAAAUAUAUACAAUAAAGGUUUCUAUAUAA